UUGACACACAUUUCCACAACUCAAUUGCUACAGGUAGUCGUUUACUUUAAUUAGAGGCUAAUUUUAAUUUAAAAAAAAUGUCUAGCCGUGAUCAAGAGGAACAGUGGAAUAAAAUCAUAAGAAGCAUGUUCGUGAAUCAACAACCUCCAAAUUCUCCACAACGAGAAACUGAUGAAGAAGUAUACUCCAAUGCGCCACCCUCUCCAGAACUUACCAUUGAAUAUGUUCGGCUGAGGAAUGAUGACGAUGAAGUGACAGAUCCUGAAAUACUUGAAAAUUAUAUCAAGACACUCAGAGCGGAGAGUGAGGCGAAAAAAAAGCGAAGUCGUGUAGAUGACGACAUAUCUACUGACGAAUUGGCAGAAAAUGAUGAUGCCACGGAUAUCUUAGAUAAUCGUUCCCUUGAAGAGGUCCGACGUAGGACGGCUUCAUGGGAGUGCAGUCCCAUACUACAACGAUUUUCGCACUCUCCUCACCAUCCAGCCUUAAUUAGUAAAUCAAUAUCAAAACCUCAACGAGUAUCAGUAUCUGGUUCAAGUCAGCCUGCUUGCGUGCGACGAUCUUCACGUAAGAGGAAGAAAGUCGAUUACCGACCUGAGAAUUUAUCCUCUACGCCCGAACGCCCUUCAACUUCCCGACAACCAAGGCAGAAAAAGGUAUCCAGACGGUCGGUCAAUACCAGAACAAUAGGUACGCAGACGGUAGAUUAUUGGUUUAAUAAUAUGUUGAUGUACGAUUAUGUUGAGUACGACAUUAUUCCACGACAGGCUCAAUGAUUAUUGUAUCUAUGUUAAAUCUCAGUUUGGUGGUGUUGUUCAAACAGUGGUUGAUAUCACUAACUUAAUACAAUAUUAAAAUAUGUAUUUUUGGUUUUCCUUUUUCAAAUACGGAGCCUUGAUCAAUUUGA